AUGAACGUGCUCGCCGGCCUGUGGAUGGGCGGCAUGGGGAGCCGGACGGGCUCCCUCGCGCACAUCGCCGAGUACCGGAAGGCAGAGAGCACCAACUCACUCCAGAACGCUUCCAGCGCCGUGGACUGCAACACCGGGUCGCUCCUGGAGUACGAGACGCUCGAGCUGAGAAUCUCGCCGCCUAACGUUUCUAUCGACACGGAAACGGACCCCUGCUCGACGGUCAUCACCGUGGACUCGGCCAACCGGCCGGGCACCUUGAUCGAGCUCGUCCAGCACUUUACGAUGCUCGGACUCAACGUCAAGUCCGCCAAGAUCUCCUCCGACGGCGGAUGGUUCGUCGACGUGUUCCACCUGACCGACGCCGAGGGCAACAAGGUCACCGACGAGCGCAAGCUCUCGAGCAUCAGUCGCAUGCUGAACAUCCGCGCCGCUGCGGCGGAGGCUGCCGAGGCCAAGGGCAGCCCCGGCGCGACCGCCACGGUCUUCGAGGCCGCGGGGCCGGACGUCCCCGGCAUGCUCUCGGACCUCGUCCAGCUCCUGACCUCCAACGGCUGCGACGUGCGCUCCGUGGCCCUGUGGACGUACCACGGGCGCUGCGCCAUGGUGAUCUCGGUCACCGAGGGCAGCCAGCCGAUCCUGGACCCGUACCGGCAGGAGAAGCUCCAGCAGUACAUGACGGACCUCAUCGCGAGGAAGGGCCUCAGCGCGGGGGGCAACUCGCGCCCGCCGGUCGUGCGCUGCGCCAACGUGCACGGCGAGAUCUCCCACGAGCGCCGCCUCCACCAGCUCAUGCUCCUCGAGGAGGGCUUCGAGUGGCAGCGCGGCGGCGGCGCCGACUCCGCCGCGGAGGCCAGCUCGGCCCACGGCGCGCCGCCGCCCGAGGCCGAGGACUGCACGCCCGUCGACGUCAAGCCCGACGUGCAGAUCACCUUCUCGGACCGCCAGAACUACUGGGAGGUCCUCGUGCAGUGCGCGGACCGCCCGAAGCUCCUCUUCGACGCCACGUGCACCCUCGCCGACCUGCAGAUGGACAUUUUCCACGCCACGGUCGACACGGACGGCAACGACGCGUGCCUCGAGUACUACGUCCGGCCGCGCAUGGGCGACGCCGGGUUCGACCGCGCGCAGGCCGACCGCCUCGCGGCGCAGCUCGAGCGCGCCAUCACGCGCCGCUUCCCCAAGGGGCUGAAGCUCGACGUGCAGGCGUGCGACCGCAAGGAGCUGCUCCCGGAGCUGCUGCAGCAGCUGAAGCGCGCGGGGCUGUCGGUGACGCGCGCGAAGGUGGUCGAGGGCCCCGGGGGCAGCGGCGCGAUGCUGCACCGCUUCUACCUGAUGCGGGACGACGGGGGGUUCCCGUCGCGGCAGCGGAUCAAGGAGGCGUGCAUGGGCGUGGGCGGGCGGAUGUGCUCGGGCGAGGCGGAGACGCCGACGGGGUCGAUGACCGUCGGGAGGCGCAGCGGCGGCGCCGAGUCGGUCGGCGCGCACAGCGAGGCGGGGAGCGACGCGAUCGCCUCGCGGCUGAGCGCGGACCACGUCGGGGGCACGCCGGCGUCGGCGAGCGGCGGGCACCAAUUCAGCUUCCAGUUCGGGCGGCGCGGGUCGGGCGUCCACCGGCGCAUGCAGUCGGGCGCGUCCACGGCGGACGGCACGGGCCACGGCCGGGACGCGUGGUCGUCCGCGCUGUACUCGCGCUCCCCCGCGGAGGGCAUGGCGCAGCUGAGCCUCGACGGCGCGGCGGCGUCCGGCAGCGUGAGCAGGCGCGGCACGCGCAAAGUGGGCGGGUCGUGCCUGCGCAACGCCAGCGCGAUCGAGGCGCAGGACGCCGGCAGCCAGGAGCUGGCGGCGGCUGCGUCUAUGGAGCUGCCGCGCGUGAGGGUGGUGACGCCCGCGGGCGCGCCGCUGCGCGCACCGGAGACGGUGACGGAGGAGGGGGCGGCCAAGGAGGGGGGGGAGUCGUGA